UUCGACUCAGCUUUACUCUCUCAUCUAUCUCUUUCACUGGCGACUGCGCAAUACCUCUCCGGUAUCACCGGUUGCCCGUCGGCCGUAGCCACCAUUACCAAGCGACCACCCGUCGAGUCACUCACCACCGUCGCCACCGCCUACCCCAUCGGCAGGAAGAAGUGAUGCGGAUAGAGAGACAACUCUGUAGCAGAGCUUUACUCAUAAAAAAAAAAAACAAACUCUAUAGCAGAGCUUUAGUUGAGUUGUUUGCUAGGUUCUUGGAGGAAGGAGAGCAUCUCGAUACCCAUCAAUUGAGCAAGAUGAACAGUCGGACCAGUUUCGAGAGCAUGUAAUUUUUGAGACACCGGUUCCCUUCACAUCUUAGAGUACUGAUCCCUCACAGCACACUUGUUAUAUUUGGAUUUCCUCUUUCCUUUUGAGCUUGAAUUUCAGCCACUCUGACUUUCAAGGCCUAUGUCCUCACCUUCAGUUUCCGCCUUUGGCUAUGUAGCCUCCUCUUUUCUGUCCUACUCCACCACCAUCAAUGUUUUCUCUGUAUCAUGAAUGUGACCUUGAAAACCAAAUCAGAAUCCAAAAGACCCAUCAGCAAUAUUACCAAAACCCCUCUCUCUACUCACUCUCUAUGAUAAUAUACACCCACAACAAAUCUCUAUAUUUUUUUCGGUAAUUACAAAUCCCUAUAUAUAUAUAUAUAUAUAUGCUUGCCUCAAUGGGUUUGUUUUUGGUUGGUUCGUUGAGGUGAGAUUGAAGUGGAGGCCAUGGAGGGUGAUGGAUUGAGCUCUUUGGAUUUGUAGAUGGAGAUCGAUUGCCCCCAAUUUCAUUAAGGGUUUGAGAAACUAAAUGAGUCUGAAUAUAUAUAUAUAUAUAUAUAUUUUUCUGACAAUGGAAAUGGGUCUCACUCGUUUUUAGAGAGAGAGAGAGAGAGUUUACUGGAGAGAGAAAGAUAGUUUUGACGGAGAAGAUAGUUCACCGGUGGUCGCCGAAUGUUUGCCAGAAAGGUUCGUCGCUGAUUGUUAGAGAGAGAAAGAGAGGAGGGAGAGAGAAGGGGCAUCCGGUUCAAACAAAAAAAAAACAUUAACACGUGAACGGCCACGUAGGACAGUCGGUGGGGGUCGGGUAAAUGGUCGGGCAGUAUAGCACUACUCUAUGUCAAAUGCCCAAAGCAGAUUGUACAAGUGUAAUUAGAAAUCAUGGGCAAACGAGCGCAUGUGCUAGCAGUCUCAUACCCUGCACAAGGCCAUGUCCGGCCCCUUAUGAAGCUGUCACAACGGAUUGCUGAUCGCGGUAUCAAGGUUACAUUUGUGAGCACAGAGUUCAUACAUGAUGUAAUCUUGGCAGCAUCGCCUGAGAAAGGCGAAGAGCAAAACCGGAUUGAAAUGGUAUCGGUCCCUGAUGGACUUGAACCUGGGGAUGACCGGAAAGAUCUGACAAAGCUGAGUGAAUCUAUUUCAACAGUGAUGCCUGGUCAUUUGGAGGAGCUGAUUAACAAGAUCAAUUUAUCAAGUGACGUUGAUGAACAGAUCACUUGUGUCAUUGCUGACGUAGGAGUGUCAUGGGCUCUAGGAAUUGCUCAGAAGAUGGGAAUUAAGAAUGCCAUGUUUUUCCCGCCUUCAGUGACAUCCUUUGCCUGGAGUCUCCACGUUCCAAAGCUGAUUGAGGGUGGAGUAAUUGAUAAUAAUGGAACUGCCUUGAAAAAUGAGAUGAUCAGUCUGUCACCGGACUCGCCUGCAAUGAGUAGUGCUGAUUUUCUAUGGAACUGCCCGGGCAACCCAACCUUACAAAAGCUGGCAUUUGCAUGCUUAAUUUCCUCAGCUGAAGCUGCCAAAACUUCAAACUGGCUUCUUUGCAACUCAUUCUACGAGCUCGAGUCUUCGGCUUGCAAAUUGAUCCCAAAACUUUUAUCAAUCGGUCCAUUAUUACUGUCAAGUGAUGGCCUUGAGCAAUCCACAGGAAGCUUUUGGCCAGAGGACUCAACCUGUUUAACAUGGCUCGACGCACAACCUAACAAAUCAGUCAUUUAUGUUGCGUUUGGCAGCACAGCAAUCUUCAGCGCUCAACAAUUCGAAGAACUGGCACUAGGACUUGAACUGGUAGCGCAACCAAUCUUGUGGGUUGUGAGAUCAGACCUUACUGAUGGGUUUUCGGAGAGAGUCGGUGACCAUGUGAAGAUAGUCAAAUGGGCACCUCAGGAGAAGGUGUUGGCUCACCCUUCUAUUGCUUGUUUUCUGAGCCAUUGUGGUUGGAACUCAACCCUAGAGGGUCUGAGCAUGGGUGUGCCCUUUCUGUGUUGGCCUUACUUUGCAGACCAGUUUCUCAAUAGGAACUACAUUUGUGAUGUUUGGAAGGUGGGUUUAGGAUUGAAAGCAGAGGGAAAUGGAAUCAUCUCAAGGCAUGAGAUAAGGAGACAGAUGGAAAUGCUGCUGUCCGAUGGCAGUAUAAGAGCAAAUGCAGUGAAGAUGAAGGAAUUGGCUGGACGGAGUAUCAGUGAAGGUGGUUCAUCAUUCAAGAAUUUCAAUCACUUCAUUGAACAAAUUAUGGGUUGAUUUAUAUUGCUUCCUUGCACAAUUUGCUAAAUAAAUAUUAUGAAAAUUUUUAGUACUUGUAAUGUCAUGUGGGCAUACUGAGAACUUCAUUAUACUCCAGUUUUUUCAUUCUUUUUCUUUUUCUUUUUCGGUUUUAGUUCACAAGCUUUAGUAGUAUUGAAGAAAGAUGCCAUUAUAACAAGCUUGUGAACUAACUUCUUGAUACUAAAGAUUGUUUUAUACUCCCUUUCUUUAUGUCUUAUUCGAAAUUUAUAGUUUAUGAAGUCCAUUCAUGUGUGAAUCUAUCAA